CCUGGAGCAGCAGCCACGUGACUUCGACCCGCGUCUCUUGACAACACGGGUACGGUAAGAUGGCGAAUGUGGCGAAGAAAGUUUCUUGGUCUAACAAGGAUGAUGAAUCUCGCCCCGGAGAAGCGACCCCUUUACUGAACGGUUCGCCCACCGCCUCCCAGCCUCAGACCAACUUUUUUCGCAUUGGAAGGCUGACCACAGUGAAUUUAGAUGACGAUCCAAUCCAGGACCAGGAUGGAGUUUCAGCUGCUUGUGUUUCCAAGGAAAUUCCACAUAAUGAAAAGCUGCUUUCACUUCAAUAUGAGAGUCUUGAUUAUGACAAUAGUGAAAAUCAGUUGUUUAUGGAGGAAGAAAGAAGGAUAAGCAAAAUAGGCUUUCAUGUACUGGAAAUCAAAAGAUGGUUGGUCUGUUGCUUCAUUGGAAUCUUUACUGGCCUUAUUGCUUGUUUUAUCGAUAUAGUUGUAGAAAAGCUUGCGGAUAUAAAGUACGAUGUGAUUAAAGAAAAUAUUGAUAAAUCUACAGAACAAGGUGGAUUAUCCAUUUCACUUGUGCUUUGGGCAUCCUUGAAUGCUGGCUUUGUGAUGAUCGGCUCUUUCCUGGUGGCUUUUAUAGAGCCUGCAGCAGCUGGGAGUGGAAUUCCACAGAUCAAAUGUUACCUUAAUGGAGUAAAGGUGUCUCAUGUUGUUCGACUUAAGACACUGAUCGUCAAAGUGCUUGGUGUUAUCUCCUCUGUUGUUGGUGGACUGGCAGUUGGCAAGGAAGGUCCAAUGAUUCAUUCGGGUGCUGUUAUUGCAGCUGGUAUUUCACAGGGGAGAUCCUCAACGUUAAAGAAAGACUUCAAGAUAUUUGAGUAUUUUCGUAGAGAUACUGAAAAAAGAGAUUUUGUAUCUGCUGGAGCUGCAGCAGGAGUUUCUGCUGCUUUUGGUGCCCCAGUAGGUGGUGUUCUUUUCAGCUUGGAAGAGGGGGCUUCUUUCUGGAACCAAAUGCUGACCUGGCGUAUUUUCUUUGCUUCAAUGAUUUCAACAUUUACUCUGAACUUUGUCCUGAGUAUCUACCAUCACAAACCAGGUGAUCUCUCAAGCCCAGGUUUGAUAAACUUUGGACCAUUUCAAAGUGAGGCCGUACAAUAUAACUGGUAUGAAAUCCCUGUGUUUAUAUGUGUGGGUGCAAUUGGUGGCAUACUGGGUGCGCUAUUCAAUAGACUAAAUUACUGUCUUACCAUGUUUAGAAUCAGGUAUAUUCAUCGUCCUUGCUUACAAGUAAUUGAGGCAAUGCUAGUUGGAGCAGUGACAGCUACAGUGUCUUUCGUUAUGAUUUAUGCUAUGAAUUCCAGUGACUGCCAGCCUCUUGGAGAAGAUCCUAUUAAAUAUCCUCUUCAACUGUUUUGUCCAGACGGAGAAUACAAUGCAAUAGCCACAACAUUCUUUAACACUCCUGAAAAGAGUGUUCGUAGUUUGUUUCAUGAUUCUCCAGGUUCAUUCAAUCCUAUGACUCUGGGCUUGUUCACAUUAAGUUAUUUUUUCUUGGCAUGUUGGACAUAUGGCCUGGCUGUAUCUAGUGGAAUAUUCAUUCCAUCUUUAUUGAUUGGUGCUGCAUGGGGAAGAUUGUUUGGAAUAUUUCUUUCCUACUUUUCACCUGACUCAACUUGGGCUGACCCAGGGAAGUAUGCUCUGAUGGGAGCAGCAGCUCAACUUGGGGGUAUUGUGCGAAUGACACUGAGCUUAACAGUCAUCAUCGUGGAAGCUACUGGAAAUGUGACAUAUGGACUUCCCAUCAUGUUGGUGCUGAUGACUGCCAAAAUAGUUGGGGAUUUCUGUAUUGAGGGACUGUAUGAUAUUCACAUUAAGUUGCAGAGUGUCCCUUUCCUUGGUUGGGAGCCUCCUGAGAAGUCUCAUACUUUAACUGCACGUGAAGUGAUGAGUUACCCAGUAACUUGUUUCAAACGAUUUGAGAAGGUUGGACGCAUCGUGGACAUUCUCAGUGACACAACAACUAAUCAUAAUGGCUUUCCAGUGGUUGAUGAGAAUCAAAAUUCUGAAUAUGAUAACGUUGGAAGAUUAUGCGGAUUAAUAUUGCGAUCGCAAUUAAUUGUCCUCCUGAAACAUAAGGUGUUUGUGGAAAGAGCAAACUCAAACUUGACACAAAGGAAGCUUCAGCUUAAGGAUUUCAGAGAUGCAUACCCAAGGUUCCCUCCUAUCCAGUCUAUUCACGUAUCCGAGGAUGAGCGACAUUGUACAAUGGACUUAACAGAAUUCAUGAACCCAACCCCAUAUAGUGUGCCUGGGGAGGCAUCUCUACCUAGAGUCUUCAGAUUGUUUCGUGCUCUUGGUUUGAGACACUUGGUUAUAUGUGAUGGAUCCAACGGGGUAAUUGGAAUUGUUACCAGAAAAGAUCUUGCAAGAUAUCGUUUGCAUAAAGGACAACUGGAGGAACUUGAAAUGGCACAAACGUGAUUUCAUGGCAUGCAUUUCUUCAGAGACUCUGACCUACUGGAAUUUUAACUUUUGAAAAAUUCUAGUUAAAACAUUUUUAUGCAGCCACCAUUCUUUUGCACUUCAUGUGAAUGGAGCCUCACGCACCAGGAUAUUUUCUGGAGGCCUACCAUAGUGUGCCAGAAUUGAUCAUUUGCACUGUAAUGUUAUAACAUAAAAUUGCACUGUUGUAUAUUUUUAACUAGAACAAAUGUUUGCCUUGCACAGUUUCCUGCUGUUCUUUCUGGAUCAUUGUGAACUUUAGGACUUGGGAAUUAAGUAUGCACAAUACAUGUAUAAUGGAUCUCCUGUAUGAAUAGUGGAAUUGGAACUUUUGUCUUGGGAGUUUGUCUUAAUUUCAUAAAUUUUUGCUGCUACUUAGUCAAGUAAGAGGUGGUGACGAACAACUACUUAAAUAACAGCUGGCUCUCCAUGCUUAGGUGCGAAGAUGGUUUCCACUUGCUUCCCAGCUACAGAGGUAUCUGUGAAGUAUGGCCAACAGAACGGAAUUAUCUUGUAAGCGCACCUUGCUAAAGGACAGCUAAAUGAGAGUUCUAUGUAUGCAGUUAUAUUCUUGCAUAACUCUAUGCUGUAAGUUCUAGUGUAUCACCCCACGUAGGUGUACCUGUUUUUCCAGCCAUGAAUAUGUAGGGCAGUCUAAAAAUGAACAGCAGAAUCUAAAAAAAGACAUACUUGGACCAAGCUGGAAUUGCACUGCAGCUACUAAAGACAAUAGCCUACCAAGAAUCUUCCACAGCUUUGCUGAUCAGAUGGGAGCAGAUCGUAAUCUAAAUUCUGAGAGAUUUGUCACAGGUAUGGAUGGCCACUGGAAAGUGUAUUGUGUUUACGUAAAGCCACUCUUCACCCUGAGCACAAUGUAAGUUUUUCAGUUUUGUUUAUUGUGUUUUAUUUAUAUUUACAAUUUUAAUCAUUACAUCUUCACUUCUAUUAUACAACUUUGUAGUUCAUAAAACUCUUAAAUCAAAAGCUGUUAAAAGUGCAAGGGAAUGACAAAUGAAUUUUCUAGAGUGAAUUUUUUAAAGGAUUUUGACCGAAUUCUGUAGUAGAAGAUGUAAUUGUGCAGUGGUAAAAUGAGUGGUAAAAUUUUGGGUUUAGCUGUGAUCAUGUUGAUCUGAAGCAAUUUUUGCUGUAGCAAACUUGAUAUGUGCACCUCACUUAACACAAGAUUAAAUAAAAUUAACUUGCUAUGUCACAGAAUUGAUAAAAUAAUAAAUGAUAGCAACACAAUGGACACAAGCAAAAAAGUGUUAUACUAACCACCAAAAUGUUUUGCAAACUUAGAUCUUUUAUAACUAAUCAGUGCUCUUCCUUUUAUAGUGACUUGUAUUUUACUUACAUUUUAAUCUUAUUCUGCUGUAUAAACAUCUAAACCGUUAUUAUUUUGAUGGUCGUAUGAGUGAAGCAUUAACGUACAUUAGUCAUUAGGUUCUAUUUAAGUAUUUUCUGUCAAGUUUUAAUGUAUCUUUGUGCUCAUGAAUUUCAGGGUGUAUGUGAAUUUUGUUUCAUGUACAAAUAAAUGUUUAAGUUCUUGAUCUAU